AUGGCCGCACUAUUUCCUUCACUGGUUGCCGAGAUGGUCAAGUUCGCCAACAAGAAAGCCGUGCCCUUCCUUGUGUUCAACACCGCCCACAGAGCAAUGACCACCCUCAGUCAAAUAGACCACAGUAUCAAGAUUUACCUCAAUAAGCUCAACGACAUGAAGAUCUUCCUAAUAGAAAGACGGUCAAAAUUAGUGGCAGAACGGUAUCUAAGAAGGUUACCGAUACCUUCUACACUGCUAAUGUAG